AUGCAGAAGGCGAGCAUGGAAUCCGCUGGAGAUCACCAUGACUUUGCCCCACAACAACAACAGCAACAGGAUUCGCAGACAGAUGCUUCCCAGAAUCCUACUACUGGUCCGGCAGCAGCAGCUGAGGACUCUUUUCCAGCUGCAGAUCUUAAGGAAGUUUCAUCCACCCCGGCUGCUGCAUCGGAACAAAUGGAACAGUGCUCUCCAGUGGUUCCAGCCCAGGACCCUACUGUAAAGCCCAUUUUGAAUGGUACUGAAACUGAGAAGACAACUCCAUGUUUGGAAAAAACGCCGCCACCACUACCAGUUUCCGAAGAAACCGCAAAUGCUCCGGAUUCAGUAACCGAAUUAGCGCCUGCUUUUGAAAAUGCUGAAGUUGAGCGGGGGCAGUUGAAAGAUGAAAAUGGUUUCAUCUUCUACAAAUGUCGAUUUUGUGGAUUAACCUAUAACUAUCUGACAACAUUGCGAGCGCACGAACGUGUACACAACAUUGAUGAGGUAGCAUCUUAA